AUUUAACCACAAAAAAAUAGCAUCAAGUGCUCACUGUAGAAGAUUCUGUCUGUCAAGAAUGAAGCUUUUGACUUCAGGUGAUGUUGAAUUAAAUCCAGGUCCUCUUCAAGGUGUCAACACUCAAACUACAUUGUCAUUAAGCUCCACCAUGUUGUUAAAUUUUCAAUUACAUCAGCUAGGACUGAGACUCCUUGAUGUGGGUGGUACAGGUGAUUGUUUCUUUAGAGCUGUUUCUCAUCAGUUGUAUGGUGAUCCAAGUCACCACUUGAAAAUCAAACAAGGUGGUAUUAAUUAUCUCAGGACAAAACCAGAAAAUUUCAUUGAAAGCAAUACCCACAGUUCAUGGGAUGACUAUUUGGUUAAUAUGUCUCUGCAAGGUUCAUGGUGUGAUGCAAUCAUUGUUCAGGCAAUUGCUGAGUCAAAAAACUUGAGAAUUCAUAUUGUAGAAUCCAAUGAAAAUUUUUCUGAUACAACUUUAAUUGAACUGGCACAUUUAUUGCAACAACCUCCUACAACAAUUUAUUUAGGUCAUGUAAGCGAAGAACAUUAUGUAUCAACAGAACCAUAUAUGUGUAGCUCUAGUUCAUUAGAAAGUCAGCAUAUUGAUAAUUUAUACAAAAUAGAACAAAAGUUGUCUCUGAAGAAUCACAUAAUGCCAGCCUAAAAAGGAAAAAAAGCAUGUACAUGAGCGAAUAAAGGAAAAAGAAAAAGGCCAGUGAAAGUAGGAAGCAGACAUCUAAAAUCAAUGAAGAAAGCGCCAAAAGGAAUUGCAAUCCUUACCUGAGGGAAUAUAUGAAAAAAAGGAGAACUGAUGAAGGUAGGAUGCAAAAAUCAAACAACAGGAAUAGCGGUGUUCUGUCUGGGCUAGAUGACCAAAGUUUUACCACUAAGAAAAACCAAGACAAACAAUGUCACUGUGAGAUAACAAAUCAGAAUAGAGAAUGUCAAAUUAGAGUAGCAACAACUGCUGCAAAAAGUAAUAAUGAUGAAGACCUAAGUGAGAAUCAUCACAUUUCAAAUUUUCAUGAAAUAGCAUCACAGGGUCUAUUACACAUCUGUAGCUGUUGCGACCAGCUAUGGUAUAAACAUAGUGUUGCUUCAGCCUAUACAUUAAAGAAAUCAAAGCCUACAGCUGGGGAAAAAUACCUUAUAAACAAAGUAAGUGUCAAACAUAAAGAGUGGCUUUGCAGAACAUGCUACAAGUACUUAAUAAAGAAUAAAGUUCCUCAAACUGCUAUUUUGAACAGCAUGCAAUUUCCAAAACAACCAGAUUUUUUUUGACUUGAAUGAACUUGAAUUUAGACUUUGUAGACCAAGACUUGCAUUUCAAAAAUUAAUGCAAGCUCCAAGGGGAAGGCAGUUCAAAAUUCUUAGAAAUGUAGUUUAUGUAGUGGCAGAAGU